AUGUCUUUAUUCCAUAUGAAUUUGCAGAUUGAGAACUUGGGACCAAGAGAAGUAAAGCAAAAUUUAUACACAUCAGCAGCUUUAAAAAUACCUGAGUUUGAACCCAGCCAAACAGGGCUAUCAUUCACCCCAUUCCUGAGUAAGGGAGCAGCUGAUAAUACAUUUGACAACCUAGCAAUCUCCUCAUUUUCCCAUUCAUAUGAAGCUCUUCUAAAUGAUAAAUUCCAAUCCCCUGAAGUAGAAGUUUCUACACUAUUUAUCCAGUCAAAAUCUGACUCUUCUUCCAUCACCAACUUUAAUGAGAAAGUUGUCCAAAAAGAAAUUGCAGAGGGGUUGCUUGUGAAUGGUAAGGGAGAUGACAUCACUCCAUACUCUAGAGUAAUUGCAGGAAGUCCUCAAAGAUGGUUGCCACCUGAAUUCAUCAAUCACGUAUUUGCUACGAAGUAUCUUUCUCCAAAGAGCAGCCUGUCUGUAUACUUGGAAUCCGGAUGUGGGGAUAAGCUUUCCUCUCCUGUAAAGCAGUACAUUCAGAACCUCCUUAAGGCCAAUAUGGAGGGGCCAUAUGGAUCUGAGUGGCCUAUAGCAGAGAAAGUGAAGCGCAGGGAAAUGGUUGCUCCAGGAGCACGUUAUAUAUUUGUCCUUGAGGAUCCAAAUGCAAAUCAGGCAACCACAAGUGUAGAAACACAAAGGGCCUCUACUUAUUGCAUCAAUGGUAGGGCCCCCAUUGUUGGAUUUGUACAAUACCGAUUUACUGUAGAGGAAGAGAUACCUGUUCUUUAUGUGUAUGAAUUACAGCUUGGGCCUCACGUUCAGAGGAAGGGACUCGGAAAAUUCUUAAUGCAACUAAUUGAGCUUAUUGCUCACAAGAACCAAAUGGGUGCUGUGGUGCUAACUGUUCAAAAAGAAAACUUGUUAGCAAUGAAUUUUUAUAUGAGUAAGCUCAGGUAAAUCCUCGAAUUGAUUAUAGCAGUACAUCUUAUGCCUAUUAUUUAGUAAGAUACAGUUCAUAUAUGCAUGAUAUU